UUCCUGACGUUACAACGUUACGACAGAAUCCUUGAGUUACAUCAUUUAAAGUUGGCAAAAUGUUGCGAAUUAUUUUGGCAUCCAUUUUGUGUUUUCAAGCAGUCACCAUAUCAGCUGACAUGGCGGAAGGGAUGUUAUCAAUACUGGGUGCAAAUGGAGAAGUACUAAGAGAAAGAAGAGCAACAGGAGCAUUAAACUAUGACCCCAAUUGUGAUCCAAAAUAUAAAACUAUUACUGCCAGUCAUACCAUGUGUUUAAUUGAUGUGGGUACCGAAGUAAUUUUAACACAAGCAGAUAAAGACGCCAUAGUGAAAACUCAUAAUGAUUACAGAAGUGCAGUCACACCCAAGGCAACUAACAUGCAAAAAAUGGUCUGGGAUGACGAAAUGGCCAAGAUUGCUGCAAAAUGGGCCUUACAAUGCCCAGGUGGUCACGAUGCAUAUUUGGCAAGAACAGCUGUUUCAUUACAAAACAUCUCGAUUGGUCAGAAUAUGGGCGGGGGAUAUGAUUCUUUUGCUACAUGUAUGAAUGGAUGGCAUAAAGAAGUAGCGGAUUACAAAUUUGGUACAGGAUCUAUUAACGGGAAAGCAGUUGGACAUUAUACUCAGAUUGUCCACCAUAAAUCAGCGCGUAUUGGGUGUGGUCAGGCUGAUUGUACUGGCAAACCAUACCCAAAAUACUAUGUGUGUAAUUAUGCAAGAGGCCAGGACACUUAUAGUAAUCCCUAUACCCAGGGUGAAAGUUGUUCGGCGUGUUCCGGUAAAUGCUCCAAUAACCAAUGUGAUUGUGGGGGUAAAUUGUGUUAUAAUGAUGGUAAAUUAGAUUUGUCCACGUGCACAUGUACCUGUCCAGCUAUAUACACGGGUGACCAGUGUCAAACAUUAACCUGCAACUACGUAGAGAAAUUUUGGUGUGCUAACGCCAAUACCUCCAAUUGUGAAAAAUAUUCGAAUUAUCCAAUUGAUUGUCACAUGCGUUGUGGAGUUUGUCCUUAUCCAUGUAACGGAAAGAAGUGUGAAAAUGGCGGUACUUUGGAUAUUCAGUCUUGUUCGUGCACAUGUAAAACACCAUACUCUGGUCCCACUUGUACUGAAAAAAGUUGUAUUAACCUAGACAAGUUUUGGUGUAAGCAAUAUAAAUUAGAGGACUGCAAAAAAUACAGCAAUUUUCCAAGCGACUGUAGCAUUAUGUGUGAGGUAUGUCCUAUACCAUGUAAUGGUAAGAAGUGUCUGAAUGGCGGCAAAUUGGAUGAUGCAGUGUCAUGCAAGUGUAAAUGUGUUGCACCAUACACAGGUGAUACCUGCGACAAAGCUGAAUGUGAUUCUGAUAAAUCAUGGUGCCCUUGUAUCGAUACAGCCGGUUGUGAUAUAUAUAGCAACUAUAAAACAGACUGUGGUUUUAAGUGCGGUAUAUGCAAGGCCGAUUAAUGCACCAGAUGAUGUGUGUGAACAACUCCAAGUUGUCUUAUGUUUGUCUCGGAGCAUAAAUUAUCAUAAAUAUAUUCUUAUUACUAAAUUUUAAAUUUCAAUCAGUAUUUCUUUUAUUCAAAAUGUAUAUCUAUCCUAUAUUAAAGUUACAAAAGUUCAAUCAGUAUUUCUUUUAUUCAAAAUGUAUAUCUAUCCUAUAUUAAAGUUACAAAAGGACAUUAUUUUAUAAAUUUCAACUAAUAACCAAUGACUGUAAUUGGUCAUCCCACACGUUUUAUGUUUAAUAAAA